AUGCCGUACAUCGAUCACAUACUUCAGGAAACUCUCCGAAUGUACCCGACGCUAUCGAAUUUAACCCGAAGAACGAUGAAUGAUUAUCAAGUGCCUGGAACAAAUGAUGUGAUUCAAAAGGGACUAAUGGUGGUGAUUCCGAUUUUUGCUAUUCAGCGUGAUUCUCGAUACUAUGCAGACCCAGAGAAGUUCAGCCCCGAUCGUUUCGAUGGGGAAGAGGCGAAGCAGAGAAAUUCUAUGUUGUGGCUACCAUUUGGUGAGGGUCCUAGGAGCUGCAUCGCUGCACGUUUUGGCAUGAUGCAAGCACGCAUUGGACUUGUGACCAUCCUGAACAAUUUCGAAGUUUCAAUUGGCGAAAGAACAGAAAUUACCUACGAACCAAAUCCAUUGGCACUAACACCAAAAGGUGGCAUAUAUUUGAAAUUUAAAGCGAUAAAUCCAAACGCAUUCAAUAUGAACGUUCAAAAGUCGCUUAAACGUUCAGAACCAUUAGCCCAUAUAGUAUUGCAUAGUUUAUCUUCCAUGGGCUUGGUGGCGCCAAUAUUACGAUAA